AUCGUGUUGCCGAUGAGCGCAUCAAGGUUAACAACAGUUGAGAGGCUCAUCUUUAUCUGUGAUCUUGUCAACGCUAGGACUCGGACGAAAGCAGCCAAGGGGUGAGAUAUCGGGCCAUGCUGUAAAAGCCCAACUUUUCCAAAGACCGCACAGAAUUUUUCACGUUUCAUCUCAAAGGUGCAAUUUGUCAGUCAUGAGUGCCAGUUAUUUAACACCGGAGGUGACGACGGAGGACAGGAGCGGCCGAGAGCGACUCGGACUGAGCUUCACCAUCGACUACCUCCUGUUCAACAAGGGAGCCAAAGAUUCGGCGAAGGAAGCGACGGCUGAGCGGACGUUGCUCGAUCGUCACGAACCCAAAGAGGUGGUCGCCGUACAGGAGAGGUCAGCAGAGACCGGAGAAAGGGACGUCAGAGGAGAGGAGGAGGGGGAGGAGGAGGUGACCACUACCACUAUAGCCACGUCCGACGAAAAACCCAACCAGUCGUACAUCGCGCUCAUCUCCAAGGCCAUCCUGGCGUCGGCGCAGAAGAAGCUUCUGCUGUGCGACAUCUACCAGUGGAUCAUGGACCACUACCCUUACUUCAAGAGCAAGGAUAAAAACUGGAGAAACAGCGUGCGCCACAACCUGUCCCUGAACGACUGCUUCAUCAAAGCCGGACGUAGCGAAAACGGCAAAGGCCACUUCUGGGCUGUCCACCCAUCAAACUACAAGGACUUUUCCAACGGAGACUACCAUUGCCGGAGGACGCGACGGAGGGUCCGCAGGGCGGCCGGGCAGCUCCUCCUUUCGCCCCUCGGCUCGCCAUACCAAGUCAACCACCACCAGAGGGCGCCCUGCUGGUGCUGCCCACAGGCCCACUCGCUACCUUUAUCCUGCUUGGCCCCCAGACUCAUCUGGCCUUGGUCCAGUGGCCAGGUGUCAGGCUUUCACCCUGGUCUGCAUGUCUCUGGACCUUAAGUUUGAACCACUAAAAUUUAGCGUGAUUAGGAUCAGUUUGGCACUGAUUCACUGGAAUUUUCGGCUAAGAUGUGUUUAUGCUAUGUCUCUGUUGGACCCUGAUAUCUGAUAAGUGAAUUUGUGUGUAGGAGAAUACGAGUUAAACCAAAAACGCAUUAUCCAAAGUGAUUGAAAAGUACUUACGUUAUUUCCGAAUGUUUUUUGUCUGUUCCUUAAUGCAUGAUAAUUUCAUAUGUAUUUUUUCCCUCGCAUUUUUCAUCUCUUUUCUUUAAUGUAUGAGAAUUUAAAUCUUAUGGGACGACUUCCGACUGGAUUGUGGGUACAUUAAUUCUUCGCCAUAACGUGAAUGCAUGGUGAAAUCUGGCCUGUUUUCAUUGCUGCGGAUAAUGUUGAAGAUUUCAUUUUCAUGCAAGAUGGGCCGCCCAUCAUUUUGCUAUUGUCGAUGUCGAAUGACUUUGAAAGGGAGAUGACUGGGUUGUCGGCUUCACGUGAGUCGCCAGUCAUGCGUCCAGACUUAAUAAACACCCCGUGAUUUUGUUUUUGGUGUUGCUUAAAUGAGCUAGUCUAUUGGACCAUACCAAAAAUUUUGAAAGACCUUGAUGGGCAAUUACAAGAAGAUGUCUUCUAAAUAUACCUGGAAGUUCAAUCAAUUCAUGGAGGAAACAGCCUACUUUUCAGCAUUUGUGUGUGUUUUUUUUAACAUUUUAUUUUAUUUUAUUAUUUGUAUUUUAUUUUACAUGGCGCUCAUUUUUCUCAGAUGCAGAUCACCGACCAAUAAAAAAGGAGCCCCAGAAAUGAAACAUUUGCACAAUACUGUAUGCCGUUUUGUAAAUGACCAAAGUUAACAAUUGCACUUACCUGUACUUCUUUUUUAAAAUAAAACAUUCAAACUGUUUGGUUUAAAGGCAAUAUUAUAUCACAAUAAAUCGUUACAUUGCU